CUUUUUUUUCACUGCAUCCAUUUUUGUGCAUUUAAGAAACCUCCAAGAACCAACAACCUGGAGGAGAAGGAGCAGGAGGGCGAGGAGGAGGACAGAAGAUCGAGAGCAGAGCCCUGGUUUCCAGGAUGCCACGAUCCUCCUUCUAGAAGAUGACAGCCAUGGGUUAGACUCGGGGAACCGACAAUGAUGGCAAAAUAACAGCAAAAAAGCGCUCUGGGAGAACAUGUCGGCUCCACACGGGCCCCGGGGUGUCCUGCCCGAGAUGCCCGACCUGAGCCACCUCACCGAGGAGGAGCGCAGGAUCAUCCAGGGCGUCAUGGACAGGCAGAAGAAGGAGGAGGAGAAGGAGCAGUCCAUGCUCAAGGUCAAAGAAGAGCAAAAACCUCAGGCAGCGCAGUGGUUUCCCUUUAGUGGGAUCACUGAGCUGGUAAAUAACGUUCUUCAGCCCCAGCAAAGGUCCCAAAAUGAGAAGGAGCCCGAGACGAAGCUGCACCAGCAGUUUGAGAUGUACAAGGACCAGGUGAAGCGGAUGGGAGACGAAGCACAGCUGACGCAGGAGCACAAGGGCGACGCCCCCACCUGCGGGAUCUGCCACAAAACCAAGUUUGCCGACGGCUGCGGCCACAUUUGUUCGUAUUGCCAAACCAAGUUCUGUGCCCGGUGCGGCGGCCGUGUGUCCCUGCGCUCCAACAAGGAGGACAAAGUGGUGAUGUGGGUGUGCAACCUGUGCCGAAAGCAGCAGGAAAUCCUCACCAAAUCGGGCGCCUGGUUCUACAGCGGCGGCUCAAACGCAGCGCAGCGGCCGGGCAUCACUGAGGAGUCCCGGGGCCCACGGCACGAGGAGGCGCCGCGCGAGAAGAAGGCCAAGUUGCAGGGCGCACCCCCUUUCCAGGAACCCUCGGGGGACGCGACCGCGCCCGUGUCGGACAGGAACAGACCUCAAGGGCUCCCGCGGCAGGAGUCGCUCAGGAGCGGUCCGGGAUCCGGAGACACGCCGGGCGACAGGAAGAGAAGCCCAUCAGCAUCCAGGGAUCCAAACCAAAAAUACGACCAAAGGGAGGAGAAGGGCGACCGCUCGCAGCAUGCCCCGGUGGACGGCGGCAUGCCCAGAUCGCCGUCUGACUAUGGGGAUGGGGACCCCCGAAGGGGACCACGAAGGGGGUCUCGGCCGUACGAGGAUGCCGAGGCAGCCCGAGCGGAGUUCCAGGGGCGGCGGGGUCGAUGGCACUCGCAGGACUACCCCCCGGAGGAGGAACUAGAUGGCCCCCCAGGGGAGUACGAGCUGCAGCGGCAACGUGAGGAGGAGUUCCAGGCCCGCUACCGUAGCGACCCCAACCUGGCCCGCUACCCGGUGAAGCCGCAGCCCUACGAGGAGCAGAUGCGCAUGCACGCCGAAGUUUCGCGGGCACGCCACGAGCGGCGCCACAGCGACGUGUCGCUCGCCUACACCGAGCUGGAUGAGCCACCGCUGCUGUGCGAGCGGCCUCGCUCCUACUCCGUAGAGAGGACGUCCCCAGUGCCCGGGCGCCGGCCCCUGGGCCACAGCCCUCCGAGUCCGCGCCGGAGCCCCGUUCUGGGGGAGAUGCGGCGCGGGCCGGGGGUCGAUCCUAUGCGCCGGCCCCCUCUUCCGCAGCAGCACCACCUAGACCCCGGCUCGGCCGAGCGCAAGAGCAAGCGGGAGAAGAUGGAGAGCAUGCUGCGCAACGACUCGCUGAGCUCCGACCAGUCCGAGUCGGUGCGCCCGCCUCCGCCGCGCCCCCACAAGCCCAAGAAGGGCGGAAAGAUGCGGCAGGUGUCGCUGAGCAGCUCGGAGGAGGAGCUCGCCACCACGCCCGAGUACACGAGCUGCGAGGACGUGGAGAUCGAGAGCGAGUCCGUCAGCGAGAAAGGGGGCAGUCAAAGGGGAAAAAGAAAAACUAUUGAGCAGGCGUUUUUGUCGGACCCGACUUACGCCUUAUCUGAGAGGCAAAAGAAAAUGGUGCGCUUUGGGGGCCAUUCGUUCGAAGAGGACUUGGAAUUGUGCGAACCCCAAGUUAAAGACUCUGGCGUUGAUACGUGCAGUAGCACAACCCUAAACGAGGAGCAUAGCCAUAGUGAGAAGCACCCGGUCACGUGGCAGCCGUCCAAAGACGGGGACCGCCUCAUCGGGCGGAUUUUACUCAACAAGCGGAUGAAGGAUGGCAGUGUGCCGGCAGACUCGGGAGCACUGCUGGGCCUGAAGGUGGUUGGAGGGAAGAUGACAGAAUCUGGUAGACUUUGCGCUUUCAUCACGAAAGUGAAGAAAGGAAGUCUAGCAGACACUGUUGGACACCUUCGGCCAGGUGAUCAGGUCCUUGAGUGGAAUGGGAGGCUUUUGCAGGGAGCUACAUUUAAAGAAGUUUACAAUAUCAUUUUAGAGUCUAAGCCAGAACCCCAGGUGGAGCUGGUGGUGUCGCGGCCCAUUGGGGAUAUUCCUCGGAUACCAGAUAGCACACACGCACAACUGGAAUCAAGUUCGAGUUCCUUUGAGUCCCAGAAGAUGGAGCGCCCAUCCAUCUCGGUCACAUCCCCCAUGAGCCCUGGGUUGCUACGAGAUGCCCCCCAGUACCUGUCUGGACAGCUCUCAGUCAAGCUCUGGUACGACAAAGUGGGCCACCAGCUCAUUGUCACGAUUCUGGGAGCAAAAGACCUGCCUUCGAGGGAAGAUGGGCGGCCCAGGAACCCCUACGUGAAGAUCUAUUUCCUCCCUGACAGGAGCGACAAGAGCAAAAGAAGAACAAAAACGGUAAAGAAGUCGUUGGAACCCAAAUGGAACCAGACCUUCAUGUACUCGCCCGUACACCGGCGGGAGUUCCGAGAGCGCAUGCUGGAGAUCACGCUCUGGGACCAGGCUCGGGUUCGGGAAGAGGAGAGCGAGUUCCUGGGAGAGAUCCUGAUCGAACUGGAGACGGCGUUGCUGGAUGAUGAGCCGCACUGGUACAAGCUGCAGACGCAUGACAUGUCCUCCAUGCCGCUGCCCCGCCCCUCACCCUACCCGCCACGGAGGGCUCUGCUCGGAGGGAGCCCCACACGCCGGCUGCAGAGAUCCCAGAGAAUCAGUGACAGUGAAAUCUCUGACUUCGACUGUGAGGACGGAAUUGGAGUAGUAUCAGACCACAGAUACAACGGCAGGAAUCUGCAGAGCUCGACGCUCUCCGUCCCGGAGCAGGUGAUGUCGUCCAACCACUGCUCGCGGUCUGCGGACCUGAACCGCACACGGUCGCGCUCGCCCAGCGUCCCGCCUCCGCAGAGUCGGAGUUUGGACCACGGGAACCGCGUUUCACCAUCGCAGUACCACACUGCCAGUAGAAUGGAUCGGCAUCGCCUGUCAGAAGACCGCUACUCUCCCGACAGCCUUUACCUCACCCUACCUUGGUCCAGACACAACAAGCCCGCAGACCACCAUCAGAGGGAGCUCAGGAACUGCAGCAUCCUGGAAAGACCCGAGUAUCACAGGUCGCGGUCCGCGGACCAGCGGCCUGCGCUAGAGCGGCCCGCACCGCGCUCCCGGUCCACCGAGCGCCCCGACUCGAGCCUCAUGAGGUCCAUGCCGUCCUUACCAUCCGGAAGGUCCGCCCCUCCCUCACCUGCCUUAACGAGGGCGCACCCUCGCAGCGGAUCGGUCCAGACCAGUCCCAGCAGUACGCCCGUGUCCAGCCGGAGAGGACGGCAGCUUCCGCAACUUCCUGCCAAGGGGACGCCGGACAGAAAAGACAUGGACUCACCCCGAUGGACGAGCUCAGGUGCGCUGGAUGUGGAGGAGCGUACGCGGCAGGCGAAGCUGAACGCAAGCAAGUACAGGCAGGGCGCAGGCUCCGACUCCAGGCUGGAGCAGGAUUACCACGUCAAGCGUCCCGGUCUGCACCGCGGCUCGGACAAUCUCUCGGCCAAGUCCUCGGACAGCGACGUGAGCGACGUGUCCGCUGUGUCGAGGACGAGUAGCGCCUCUCGGUUCAGCAGCACGAGCUACAUGUCAGUCCAGUCUGAGCGGCCGCGGGGAAGCCGUAAGAUCAGUGACUUUGCGUCCAAAAUGAAAAACAGGCAGAUGGGCAUGUCCGGGGCCAACAUGACCAAGAGCACCAGCGUGGGCGGGGACAUGUGCAGCCUGGAGAGGCCCGACGGCAGCCAGUCGGACACCGCAGCCGGCACGGUAGGCACCGGGGACAAGAAGCGCCGCCCCAGCAUCGGUGCCAAAAUGGUGGCCAUAGUGGGGCUGUCGCGGAAGAGCCGCAGCGCGUCCCAGCUCAGCCAAACAGAAGCAGGAGGGAAAAAGCUACGCAGCACCAUCCAGAGGAGCACGGAGACGGGUCUGGCGGUGGAGAUGAGGAACCGCAUGACGCGGCAGGCCAGCCGCGAGUCCACCGACGGCAGCAUGAACAGCUACAGCUCCGAGGGAAACCUCAUCUUCCCUGGUGUGAGACUGUCCUCAGACAGCCAGUUCAGUGACUUCCUCGAUGGGCUGGGUCCCGCCCAGCUUGUGGGACGGCAGACAUUGGCCACACCUUCCAUGGGUGACAUCCAAAUUGGAAUGGUGGACAAGAAAGGAUCGCUGGAAGUAGAGGUCAUCAGAGCCCGUGGCCUUGUGGGAAAAUCUGGCUCUAAGGCACUGCCCGCACCCUACGUCAAAGUAUACCUGCUGGAAAAUGGAGCCUGCGUAGCCAAAAAGAAGACAAAAGUAGCUCGUAAAACUCUGGAUCCCCUCUAUCAGCAGCAGCUCUCAUUUGAAGAAAAUCCAGCAGGAAAAGUUUUACAGAUUAUUGUGUGGGGCGACUAUGGACGCAUGGACCACAAAUCUUUCAUGGGAGCUGCUCAGAUACUUUUGGAUGAUCUUGACUUGUCCAACAUGGUGAUUGGCUGGUACAAGCUCUUUCCUCCUUCCUCACUGGUGGACCCUACCCUGGCGCCUUUGACUAGGAGAGCUUCGCAGUCGUCACUGGACAGUUCCACUGGACCUUAUGCUCGUUCAUAGCAGUGCAAGGAAAGAUAGCGUUGUUGUAGCAACCGGUGUUGGAGUCGAGUCUCGACGGGUCACGCCCUGGUUACACUGCAUGCUUGAUGUUGUGUCUUCUGAGCCUGUUUCUAGGGAUGCAAGAGUGAUCCUGUGUUUCUGGCCGAUGCCGCACAUGUUGUGCGUGCGGGAUGCCCUUCUGGGAAGAAGCUGACCGAAGCAGCUCGAACGAACUGAUGAACGUGGAGUUCCAUGACGCUAGGUUUUCAUCCAAUCAGAAGCCAUGGAGGGCAGACUGAGAACCAAUCGGCGAGUUCUACAGAAGCCCUUUUUUUAAAAUAAAAAAGAGAAAAAUUCAAAUCACUGAUCUUGUUUUUCUGUUGCUUUGUUUUACGUAUUUAUUUUUCUUUUGUUUACUUUCGUUGUUAAUGUACCGGAACGGGUGAGAACUUUCGUAGCUAGACUCUUGGUUACGUCGCGCCAACGAACGUAGCCGUGGGAGCGGAAGGAGUGUUAUGGCGAUAGUGGGACGGGGCGCCGGCCAAGCUGUGAUUGGAUAGCUUGGCUCGUGCGAAUCCCCCAGGCUCCGCCCAUCCCAGUACACCCAGACAAACAUGUCCUGAGUUAGAGCCGAUCUCAACAGACAGUAACGGUUUAAAUUGUGGCAAUACAGGCGAGGCUGUUAUUGAUGUUCCAGAUUAUUAUUAACACAAAGAACCCAGAACAAGGUGACCUUUUGUGAUCUAAUAGACAAUUUCUUUGUUGAUAUAUUGUAUGAAAUUUGAAAAGGAAAAAAAAGUUUUUUGCAUGAACACAAAUUUAGCUGAACUUUAAGAAAAAAAUACAAAUUAUUUUCUUGAG